UGCCGUCGAUGCCAUUGUACUAGUUCUGUGGUAGCCAUUUUAAUUUUUGGCGUCGAAAAUACGGCGAGGAAAUUGGCCCGGACCCUGUGGUUUUUCGCAUUUAACGCAAGCAGUUUGUAGUCCUCGAGCAGGCAACGUGUGUGUCAAAGACCAGAAGUGUUUAACUUGUACAAAUAACCAAGUUCCAAUCCAGUAAAAUGUCGAUGUCUGCCACGUGCUACAAGUGUAACCGGCCGGGCCACUUUGCCCGGGACUGCAGUCUCGGUGGCGGUGGGCCAGGAGGCGGCGGACCAGGUGGUGGUAUGCGUGGCGGUGAUGGCGGCGGUAUGCGCCGCAACCGCGAGAAGUGCUAUAAAUGCAACCAAUUUGGGCACUUUGCACGUGCCUGCCCUGAGGAGGCUGAACGCUGCUACCGCUGCAACGGCAUUGGCCACAUCUCGAAGGACUGCACCCAGGCCGACAACCCGACCUGCUACCGGUGCAACAAGACUGGCCACUGGGUGCGCAACUGCCCCGAAGCCGUUAACGAGCGCGGCCCGGCCAAUGUGUCGUGCUACAAGUGCAACCGCACUGGACACAUCUCCAAGAACUGCCCGGAGACCUCGAAGACUUGCUAUGGCUGCGGCAAGAGUGGACAUCUGAGACGCGAGUGCGAUGAGAAGGGCGGACGGAACUAGGAGAAGACCCAGUACCGCGCUUCAACUUGAAAAUCAUCGAAGAAGAAGAAGAAAAUUUAAACACGAAAAAAAAUUACAAAAAUGAAAAAUCAAUUUGCUACAACAUUCACAAAGCCAGCCAACAACAACAAGCGACAGCAGCACCCAAGUCAAGAUCAACCCCCAACCAACACUACCACCACCCCAAAAACACAUCUACACAUACUCCCAUCACACACAAAUACACUCACACCUACAGAUAUAGGAGGCACCUCAAUCUAACCAUCAUCUAUCCAAGAAUCAACCAACAACAAUCUUGCAUCUCUGAUUCCAAAAGCUGAGCCUGCAGCGCGGUGCCAACGUUCCAAAAUAUGAAGAAGAAACUUUUGAGAAAGUAGAAGAAGAACCCAGCCGAAGACAAAUGUACGAAAACGAGGAGCUGAAGCAGAAGAGGAUCCGAUCGAGAAAAGGAAGGAAGGAGAGCACAGGAGACGCGGGGUGAGAGACGGCGGAGACGACGAUAGCAACGGCAGCUGUGCAGCCAAGCAGACGAUGAUGAUGAAGCUGAAGAAGAAGAAGACGACGACGUCGAUGCGACCCAAUUUGUAAGAUGAGACUAAACCCCAAACAAGAAAAAACAACAACCAACCACUUUAUUAUAAUUAUGUAUGAUUAUGCUGCGAAAAAGUGUUUGAAUUUACUAAUUACAUUAUAACGAAUGGAAUGAAAACUAUAUAAGAAUAUAUAAAUACCUUAAAAAUACUAUAAAGCGAUCCUAUUAGGAGUUCCACACCAGAAGAAAAAAAUAAAUAAAAAGUAUAAAAAACAAAAGCAAAGAAGCAAGCGAAGAGGCCGCGUUACUACUCCAUCCAGCUGCUGCCGGCGAGCCGUAGGAAUUAUUAUACACAUGAUGAUGAAGAUAUUGUAGUGUAUACCCAAACAGUCUGCCUACCAACCUACCUAUACCACCACCAUCUCCACAAACAUCAGCACCCAUCACCAUCCACACCACCACCAGAGAAGAGAAUCACCAAAACCAAUCCCCAAGCAAGACGAAACUCGCCCGGCAAGAUCUCGAGCGGGGUACAAGCGGAGCAAGCUAAGCCGGAGGGGCAGCAAACAA